UUUUUAUGAUCAUAAUCACAGCUUAAUCCUCUUUAACAAGGUAGAUUAUGUCUCUCUGGAUUCUUGUUUCAGGUGAUAGAGCAGUGUGCUGAUCCAGAAGAAUUGCUGCUUAAUUAUCUGAGAAAGGGGCUCCGUCUCACAGGAACUAAGUACGGCUGUGGAAUCGGAGGCUGUGGGGCCUGCACCGUGAUGAUUUCUACAUACAACGCAGACUCCAAGAAAAUACGACAUUAUCCAGCCAACUCUUGCCUCCUCCCGCUCUGCUCAUUGUAUGGUCUCGCAGUAACCACUGUGGAAGGAGUGGGGUCCACAACAACCAAGCUGCACCCCAUUCAGCAAAGGCUUGCAAAGUGCCAUGGCUCCCAGUGUGGCUUCUGCACUCCUGGAAUGGUGAUGUCCAUGUAUUCCUUACUAAGAAACCACCCUGAACCCAGCAUGGAGCAGAUAACCGCAGCUCUGGAUGGGAAUUUGUGCCGGUGUACAGGAUACAGACCUAUAAUCGACAGCUUCAGUGCUUUUUCCCCGGAGAGUUGCCCAUUGGCAGGGAGUGGGAAGUGUUGCAUGGAUAAAGAAGAGAAGGAGACGAAAGGCAGUGAUUCUGGUGAAGAAGACCCAUCAUUGCAUCCUGAAAAGGGAAACAGGAUGUGCUCAGGUUUAUGCAAGCCAGAGGAAUUCCAUCCAAGGGAUCCAACCCAGGAUUACAUAUUUCCUCCUGAACUCAUGAGAAUGGCUGAAGAGAACAAAGGAAGGACUCUGGUUUUCCAUGGAGAGAGGACCACCUGGAUUUCUCCUGUGUCCCUGGAAGAACUUCUUGAUCUGAAAGCCACCUACCCAGAUGCACCACUUGUGGUGGGGAACACAAGUGUAGGAAUUGAUAAGAAACUUCUGGGCAUUUGGUAUCCCGUUCUCCUUCACCCGGUCAGGAUUCCAGAGUUGCAUGUUGUCACCAUGGGAGAAAACGGCAUCGUAAUUGGUGCAGCCACCCACUUGGCUCAGCUGAGAGACAUCCUAUUGAGCCUUGUCCCCGAACUCCCAGCGGAGAAGACAAAGAUAUACCGGACACUCUUGAAGCAGCUGAGGACUCUGGCUGGAGAACAGAUCAGGAGUUUGGCUUCUUUAGGAGGACACAUUGUAAGCAGGGGAUCGGUCUGGGAUCUGAACCCUGUUCUGGCAGCUGGGAAUGCUGUUCUCAAUCUAGCAUCAAUAGAUGGAACACGACAGAUUCCACUGAAUGAUGAAUUCCUCACAAAAGUGCCAGAGGCAGAUCUCUCCCCAAUGGAGGUCAUUGUUUCUGUUUUUAUUCCAUUCUCAAAGGAAGAUGAAUUUAUCUCAGCCUUCCGACAGGCUGAGCGUCGGAAAAAUGCCUUGUCAGUGACAAAUUCUUCCAUGAAGGUCCUCUUCCAGCCAGGCACUGAUGUCAUUGAAGACCUGGCUAUUUUUUAUGGAGGCAUUAGUGAUACAACUGUGAGUGCAAGAAAUUCCUGCCUGAAACUCAAAGGAAGAAAUUGGAAUGACCAGUUCCUUGAUGAAGCUUGCAGGCUAAUUCUUGAAGAAGUUGUUGUGUCUCCUUCGGCACCAGGCGGGAAAGUGGAAUAUCGGCGCUCCCUGCUUGUCAGCUUCUUCUUCAGGUUUUACUUGGAAGUGCUGCACAGUUUAAAGAUGAUGUAUCCCUUCCAAUAUCCUGACUUGCCAAAGGAAUACAUGAGUGCUUUAAGCGAGUUCCAAGAGAAGCCACCGCAAGGAAUGCAAAUAUACCAGGAUGUAAACCCUCAUCAGCUUCCUCAGGACCCAGUUGGGCGUCCCAUCAUGCACGAGUCUGGUAUUAAACAUACCACCGGUGAAGCGGUCUAUGUUGAUGAUAUUGCUCCAGCAGAUGGACAGCUCUAUAUGGCUGUGGUCACCAGCACACGAGCUCAUGCAAAGAUACUAUCCAUUGAUACAUCAAAUGCUUUGGAAGAGCCAGGGGUAGUUGCUGUGGUAAUGGCUUGUGAUAUUCCAGGAGAAAAUGGUGAUGCAGAUGAGAAAGUGUUUGCUGAAGAUGAGGUAAUCUACAUCGGAGACAUUAUCUGUGGUAUAGUUGCAGAAACCUAUGAAUGUGCAAAGAAUGCCAGAAGCAAAGUGAAGAUAGAGUAUCAAGAUCUAGAACUGAUUCUGACCAUUGAGGAGGCAAUAGAGCAUAAUUCAUUCCUGUCAAAAGAAAAGAAAAUAGAAAAGGGAAAUGUUGAAGACGCCUUUGAGACAGUUGACAAAAUCCUGGAAGGUGAAAUUCAUGUUGGAGGCCAAGAACAUUUUUACUUAGAAACAAAUAGUAUAUUUGUCAUUCCAAGAAAAGAGGAUAAGGAGAUGGAUCUGUAUGUUUCUACACAGGAUGCUUCAAAUGCACAGGAAUUGGUGGCUUCAGUGUUAGAUGUUCCAGCCAAUAGGAUCACGUGCCACACAAGACGAGUGGGAGGAGCUUUUGGAGGCAAAGGAUUAAAAACAUCAUAUUUUGUAGCAGCUGCAGCAGUAGCUGCCCAUAAAACUGGCUGUCCUGUCCGUUUUAUCCUGGAGCGAGAUGAUGACAUGCGAAUAACUGGAGGUCGACAUCCUCUUUGGGGAAAAUACAAAGUGGGAUUCAUGACUGAUGGUAAAAUUAAAGCUGUUGAUCUGGAGUUCUAUGUAAAUGGUGGUUGUACACUGGAUGAAUCUGAAUUGGUUAUUGAAUAUGUUUUGCUAAAAUGUCCUAAUGCAUAUGACAUUCAAAACUUCCGAUGCCGUGGACGGGCCUGCAAAACUAAUCUGCACUCAAACACGUCACUUCGAGGAUUUGGAUUUGCACAGGCAGGUCUUUCUGCUGAGACCUGGAUAGCGGCUGUGGCAGAUUAUCUUUACUUGCCACAUGAUGAGGUCAGAGAGAUGAACAUGUACAAAAAUGUGACUGAAACUCCCUACAAAGAAGAGAUUGAUCCCAGAAAUCUGGUUGUGUGUUGGGAAGAAUGUUUAGAAAAAUCGGAUUAUUACAAGAGGCGACAAGCUGCAGAGGAAUUUAACAAACAGAACUACUGGAAGAAGAAAGGAAUCGCAAUCAUUCCAAUGAAGUUUUCUGUUGGAUAUAAUGAAACAUUUUACCACCAGGCUUUUGCUCUGGUUCAUAUCUAUCUUGACGGUUCAGUGCUGGUGUCCCAUGGUGGCUGUGAAAUGGGACAAGGACUUUACACCAAGAUGUUACAGGUUGCCAGCCAUGAAUUAAAAAUACCUUUGUCGUAUAUACACAACUAUGAAAGAACUACAGCUACCAUACCUAAUGCAAUUGUCACCUCAGGAUCAAUAGGCACAGAAGUCAAUGGAAAAGCAGUACAGAAUGCUUGCCAAAUCCUCAGAAAGCGCCUAGAGCCAAUAAUGGAAAAAAAUCCAGACGGAAAAUGGGAGAACUGGAUAAAGGAAGCUUAUGAAGGAAGCAUCAGCCUCACAGCUACUGGUUACUUCAAAGGCUAUCCCACCAACAUGGACUGGGAGAAAGGAGAAGGCCAUGCAUUUCCAUACUUUGUUUUUGCAGCUGCUUGUUCAGAGGUUGAGAUUGACUGCCUGACAGGUGACCACGAGAACAUCCGCACAGACAUUGUCAUGGAUGCCUCUUUCAGCAUCAAUCCAGCUAUAGACAUAGGCCAGAUUGAAGGUGGAUUUAUUCAGGGACUUGGACUUUAUACAAUGGAAGAAUUAAAGUUUUCUCCUGAAGGAGAGCUGUACACACUGGGCCCAGAUACAUACAAAAUUCCUGCUGUCUGCGAUGUCCCAGAACACUUUAGAGUCUACUUGCUGCCGAAUUCCAGAAACCCAAUUGCAAUCUACUCCUCCAGGGGUAUGGGAGAAGCUGGAGUGUUCCUAGGAUCCUCUGUGUUUUUUGCUAUAAGGGAUGCAGUGGCUGCUGCCCGGAAAGAGCGAGGACUAAACCGCAAUUUUACCCUGAACAGUCCUCUGAAUGUAGAGAGGAUUCGCAUGGUCUGUGCUGAUCGCUUUACAGAGAUGAUUCCAAGGGAUAUCCCUGGGACCUAUCAGCCAUGGGAGAUCCAUGUGGACUAGUGCUCUGUUUUUUGGGGGGUGGGGUGGAGCUAUGUAUCCGAUGGAUGGCUGCUGAUUCCACUUGCUCCUGAGGGAGAGAAAUACAAUUAUAUAAAACUUAGUUUUCUACUAGGAUCACAGUAAGUAAAUUAUCUCUUCUGAUAAGAACGAAGAACAAAGGGACACUGUUUAAUUCAGAGAAAUGCAGAAUUCAGACUUGCAGAACUGAGUAACAGCAAGGCAGUAAAACAGACUUGUUUAAUGUUUUCUUAAUGCACGCCAGCUGAGUCAAAUUAGACGUAAUGUUGUGGUUCAACCUGAUGACGAUGAGAAGUUUGUGGUAUCAGGGCCUGUGAGACUGAAAGAUGCAGUUUCAGAGCCAGGGAGAAUUCAGAUACAGAUCUGGAUUCAGAUACAGACCAGAUGGAGGAACAGGAGGUGCUGUUAGAGCAAAAGCCUGUUUCUGUAUUACCAUGUGAAAGUACUGAUGUUUUGGAAUCCAGCAAGCAGGGAGGUGAUCUUUCACCUAUUAACUGCAGCCGAGAUACCAUGAGCUCAUCCGAGGGAACACUGGAUUUGGAUAAACUUUCCCGGCUGGCUGUGAAGGGGGAGGGAAUCAGGUGCAGAAGAACUGAGAGACUUUGUGGGAGAGAUGGGGAGAAGUGGGGGUGCAGAAGAAUGCAUUCAUGUUUUGCAACCCUUAAAUCCUGUGAAAGGAUUUCAGAUCUAGCAACGUUGCUCAACCUAAGAGGUUCCUUGGUCUUGUUCUUUAUUCAAGUCUGGGUGGGAGACCCAAGAUUCAUGCUCAUGUUCUGGCUCCUUGUUCCAAGGAUUAUUCUGGAAUUCAUGUUCAUGUUUUGUUCCUGGUUUCUAGCUGUGUAUCGUGAAUGUAUGCUGCCUGUGGAUUAUUCUCUGUAAGCAGUUUGGCUUGGCUAUUUGCCUAUGACUUUUGCGUGCCAUUGACUUUUGGAAAUUAUCCUUUGUUUACUCCCCGGUUUUUUUUACUCUUUUUAUAUCUUAAUAAACUAUUUGGACUA